UUGGUGACCACGUUUUGAAACUGACUGUAGAAAAACGUGAGAGACGCUCCAAAACUAUUUUGUUUGUUUUGUUUUUUCUUUCACUGAAGCACUGACUUUUCUUACUCUAAAACACUGAAAUAUCCCUUUGGAGAUCAGUAAACUACUUGAACAGUAAAGUAUCUAUCUAUCUAUCUAUCUAUCUAUCUAUCUAUCUAUCCAAACACAGUUCAACAAGCGCAAUGUCUUCAGAAAAGGACCGCCUUGAUGCCCUGCUUGAGGAGAGCACAUCUUUUCUGGAGGAAUUUAACCCACCACAGCCUAAGAAAAAAAGGGAAAAAAAGCACCACCAAGAACCAAAAGUUAGCUGGAGCAGAGAAUCAGCCAAUUUGCAGACCGGAACCUUAAGGGGUUCAAUAAGGGUAGUGUCUUCAGAAAAGGACCGCCUUGAUGCCCUGCUUGAGGAGAGCACAUCUUUUCUAGAGGAAUUUAACCCACCACAGCCUAAGAAAAAAAGGGGAAAAAAGCACCACCAAGAACCAAAAGUUAGCUGGAGCAGAGAAUCAGCCAAUUUGCAGACCGGAACCUUAAGGGGUUCAAUAAGGGUAGUGUCUUCAGAAAAGGACCGCCUUGAUGCCCUGCUUGAGGAGAGCACAUAUUUUCUAGAGGAAUUUAACCCACCACAGCCUAAGAAAAAAAGGGAAAAAAAGCACCACCAAGAACCAAAAGUUAGCUGGAGCAGAGAAUCAGCCAAUUCGCAGACCGGAACCUUAAGGGGUUCAACAAGCGCAAUGUCUUCAGAAAAGGGGUACCUUCAUGAUGUCCUUGAGGAGAGCACAGCUUUUCUGGAGGAAUUUAACCCACCACAGCCUAAGAAAAAAAGGGAAAAAAAGCACCACCAAGAACCAAAAGUUAGCUGGAGCAGAGAAUCAGCCAAUUUGCAGACCGGAACCUUAAGGGGUUCAACAAGCGCAAUGUCUUCAGAAAAGGGGUACCUUCAUGAUGUCCUUGAGGAGAGCACAGCUUUUCUGGAGGAAUUUAACCCACCACAGCCCAAGAAAAAAAGGGAAAAAAAGCACCACCAAGAACUAAAAUUUACCUGGAGACAGAGAGACAUUAGGGGUAGAAUCAUACCCCAGACCACCAGGCCAUCUACCAGUAAAGAUUCAGGGAUUAAGGAAACUCGGGAGAGAGAGGCUGUGGAUCCAUCAUGUAUGCCGGAAAUAGAUCUUGCUCUGAGAGGGGCUUUGGUAGAAGCUGGUGGAGGACAGACAGCAGCGAGAGACAGACAGAGAGAGGGAGGGGAAGGAAAGAUCGUCAUGUCCCUGUGGGGUGCUUUGGGAGAUGUUGUGUCCAGCGUGACUGAGGGAGUGACAGACAUCGUGAAUGCAGCGAUCGGAGCAGAAGAAAGUGCAGAGGAGGGAGAAAAAAAUACUUUUGCAGCCAUCGCCACAGUCAUGGCAGGAACAACUGAAGUGGGCAAGGCGAUGGUAAACGUGUCAGUGGGGCUCACUAAAGGGUUGGUAAACAGCGUACCGAGAGCCAUUAGUGAAGCGACUUCUGCCGCUAACACCGGAGACGCAGUUGGAGCCGUGGCAAAUAUUUUGACAAGGUCAAUGGCAGAUGAACUCGUCUCAGGUGUGAACGAGGUAUCAAAGAGCUCACAGAUGGUUGUAAAGGGAGUUCGACAUGGCAUUGGAUCCAUAACUCAAAAAUAAGAGAGCACUAUGGAAUGUAAUAAACAUGAAAGCGGUCACAAAUGCCGUGAAACGCCAGUGUGUAUCACAUGAAUCCAUGAAUCCUUCAACAUCAAAUACGAAAUGGUUUAACAUGCAAUGUUGUGUCAUAGUCCCUUUGAGGUGUAUGGCAAUGUAUUGUUUUCUAUGACAUGUAUUUGCAUUAAUCACAACAGUCAUAACCACUGCCUUUAUCAAUGCUUG